CGCACAGUCUACUGGCAUUCAGCAAGAGCGGAGGCAGUGACAUAAUUUUCACAGCCGCCCGACCGGGGAUCACUCCUCUCUUAAAAGUGAAUUACUACCACAAGGGAUUCUGCCUCUCCACAAUUUGGAAUUUGUGUAUCCCUAACUGCGCGCACGUCGCUGAGCAUCCGAACGGAUUUCAUCUAUCUUAAUACGCUGGUGUUUGUGGGAUACUUUGGACAGAAUAUGCCUGCCGAUAUGAUGGAAAAAACGUCCUCUUCCCCUGUUGCUGCGACUCCAGCAAGCAUGAACACGACUCCCGAUAAACCCAAGACGGCAUCCGAACACAGAAAGUCAUCCAAGCCGAUAAUGGAGAAGAGGAGACGAGCAAGGAUCAACGAAAGCUUGGGACAGUUGAAAACACUUAUUUUGGAUGCACUGAAAAAAGAUAGCUCCAGACAUUCAAAGCUUGAGAAAGCAGACAUCCUGGAAAUGACGGUGAAACAUCUCCGAAACCUGCAGCGGGCGCAAAUGACUGCAGCCUUGAACACAGAUCCGUCAGUGCUGGGAAAGUACAGAGCUGGAUUCAGCGAAUGUAUGAACGAAGUAACCCGGUUCCUGUCCACCUGCGAAGGCGUCAACACUGAAGUCAGGACCCGGCUCCUAGGUCACUUGGCCAGCUGCAUGACACAGAUCAACGCCAUGAAUUACCCCACGCAGCACCAGAUCCCCGCCGGUCCUCCGCAUCCGACUUUCGCCCAGCCCAUGGUUCAGAUCCCCAGCGUGUCUCCUCAGGCCAACGGGUUACCCAUCAAUGGUCCGCCCUGCAAAAGUGCCUCCAACACCAGCUUAUCACCAGAAGCUACAAAAGUCUAUGGAGGCUUCCAACUAGUACCUACCACAGAUGGACAGUUUGCCUUUCUCAUUCCCAACGCAGCGUUUGCGCCAAAUGGACCCGUAAUCCCCGUUUACAACAACGCCAGCACGCCCGUUCCAGCGGCGGUGUCUCCCGGUGCCCCCUCAGUCACCUCGGAUUCAGUGUGGAGGCCAUGGUAGAGAUUGACUACCCUAAAGACUCUUACAGACUCUGUCACUUGUUUCCUAUGUUAAAUGUUACUUUUGUAUCAAGUUUGUUUAAAAAGAUUAUGCACUAUAUUUGUAUAGAUUAUGAGGAAAAAGUUCAUAUUGAAAUGAAAUUUCUUAUUAUUGAUGUUCGCUUAUUGCAUUUUUUAUAUUUGCGGUGUUAUUUCUACCACUUGAUGCCAAAGAUAUGAUGAAUGCUCAGAUGCGUUUCUUCUUUUUGGAAGACAAAUAAAUUUGAUCGAAAAUAA